GACAGGGCUGGGACGCGAGGGAGGUCGGGCGGCGGGAAGGAGGUCGGACCGCAGGGGAAUCGGGGUUUUGUGAGACCAGGAGAGAGGUGCGGAGUUAAGGAGAGGAGACAAAGUCUGUAGUUCAGUUGUGAUAGAAAGUUUUAACCGUUAUGCGUUGGAUCCUGAUCAUUUUUUAAUUCUCAGAGGCAGAUGAAGGAGACAUGUUUCUGUUAGUCUCCACGCGUUAUUUUUUAAAUCCUUUUCUGUGAAGAAUUUUAGGUAUGAGCAUGCCCUUGAUCUGUUUUCCUUUGACACUAACAUUUUUUUCUACAGACCCGGCUGCCUUGACCACUGCCUUAGGGUAUCUUGCUAGUCUGUUUUCUUUUCUUAUAUUUCCCUUUUAGGUAAGUAAUAGCUAUAAAAGUUCUGCAGUAGUCUUCUUAUGGUUCAUAGUGCGAGCCUCAUAGUCUGUAAUGGUGCUCCUCAGCUCUCCAUGGGGGUGUGCAAAAGGACAUAAAUUGUACAUUUUGCCUUAAAUGGUGGGAUUGUAGUCUCCAUUUUGUGUACCGCCUGUAUGAGUACACGUGAUGUUUUCCAUUUCUGUGUGCCUCCUCAGGUUCAUUCUCUAUCUGUUAUUCACAUCAGAUCCAGGAUUGCUUUUAUAGGCAGAAAUAAUGUAUGAUUCUUCUUAUGUUCAUAGUUGUAAUUGUAAGCAAAGGACAAAUAACUGCAUUUCCAGCAUCAAGCCAAUGUGAUGGGACCAAGCAAGCCAACUAUGUCCGAUGCUAUGUUUGCGUUCACUACCCAGCUAUACAGGAAUGAAGCAAAGGCUUUAAAAACACAGCUCCAGUUUAAUAGAAAUGUUCCUGCAGUUCCAGAGAACUUGGCUCUCAGAUUCUCUAACCCCCGUCCAAUUAUAAUAGAAAAACUGAAGGCAUCCAAUGAUCAGAGAAAUCUAGCUGGAAGUGAGGACCCCAGCAUGAGAAGCUCUGGUGUGUUUUCAGUGGUAUCUGAAGAGAGACUAAAGUUGGCUAUUCAGCUAGCCAAAAGAGACAUAAAACGAAAACAUCUUGAAGAGCAAGUGAAACAGCAAGUGUUUGGAGAUGCUGUCAAUAAACCAUUGUUGGCCCAGAAGUCACAACAGCAGAAGACUGAAGUAUUUGAAAGUCCAGAAAAUAAAAAUGGACUGAAGUCUCAAACGCACUUGAAAUAUCAGCAGAAACUUGGUCAGCCUUCCAAAGUGGAGACUACCACUUCUGGUGCUAAAGUUUAUCUCUACGCACCAAAUGAGGGAAAGCAAAUACCAGCUGUUUCAGACUCUCCACCCACCCAUGAGACAGGACCAGAUCCCAAGCCAAAUGUAAACAAAAAAGAAAAUAAAAAUAUGCAGGAAGUCAGACGGCUGCAAAAGGAAUUGAGGAGCUAUGUCCAGAAAAUCGAAGAACUGACUAAAAAAGGGAGAGAGAGAGAAAUUUUAGAUCCCGAUAAAGAGCAACGACUUUGCACUAGGAGAGAGAAACAAGCUGCGCGGUCAGCUCGGAUGUUAUAUGUACUCCAGCAACAGGUAAAAGAAAUUCAGGAUGAUUUAGAGAAACUGAGUCCUCAUAAAAUCAAACAUACUAAAAAGUCUCGAGCAGUAUCCAGAUUGGCGGCAGCACACAGAGGAGCUGUACGAGCCUUGCAUGCAUUUGCCCAUCAGUUUACAGAUCAAACAGAGCAGCAGAUUCCUACCCACUACAAGGAACUGGGCAGUCUCAUUCGACAAUUGUCUCUCUGUUCCGCCAAACUAGAAGUGGAUUCUUCCAUUUCUGACAUUAUUAUAGACAUUUUGCUGCAAGUUGAGGAUCUGGAUUCACUGCUAGAAAAGAAACAAACACCCCAAAAAAUGAAGAAAUGUAUUUCAGCAUCUCAGGGCAAAUCUCCAAGGAACACUGAGACAUUUCCAGCCAAAAAGCAGCUUACAUCUCCAAAAGGAGAAAACGAACCUCUGAUCUUAAAGGGACAGCAUGGACAAGAACAUAGAAGACCUCCAGCUGCCAGGAGUCUCUUGACUGCAGUUCAGAAGGCAAACAGUUGUGCUUAUAUAUUGCACAAUAAAUUCCAAGAAGAAAAUGACCCACCUACUCCAGAGAGAAAUGCCACUUUACAAGGAAGCAUAGGUGCACCCACGAGAGCAAGAGCUGUUAGAAAAGAUCCCAUCCUUGAAAGUGGCCCAUUGAAGAAGAAAGGCGUGUUAUUACCUGCAAAAUCACAGGGAAUGCCGAAAUCUCUGAAAUCAAGACAGGUACAGCCUCAAGGAAAACAUGCCCGAUUUCAAGAGACAACUAUCGCUUUCCAGCUAAAAGAGAACAAACGACUUGUUAAGGAGAGCAGAAUACCCUGCAUGCCUCCAAAGCCUGCAGCUCCACCUGUUUCACCUAAGCGACUUGCAUGGCUUGACGCAGAAACUUCAAGAAGAGCGAAGGUUCUAACUGACCUUAGCAGAGGAGAAAUGAAAAAAAUACAAAAGUUAAGGUCACAAAGUGCUUCUCCAACCCAGUAUGCAGACAAAGUUGAGAAGGCAGUACAGGAGCGCUUAGAACCUCUAUUAAAUAGGACACAGGUUGCAGCAAAUGCAGAUAUUCUGAGUGAAAAGCUAUUGGAUGAUCUUUUGGAAGAUACCGCCCAGGAACUGUGGAGUAUGGAGCAUCAUGAGAGACUCCAGACUGAGGCUCUGCUUAUGGCUGACACUCAUGGUGUGGAGUCAAUGUUGCAAAGAAUGGAAGAAAUUGAAAGAUACCAGGAGGAUGUACGCAGGAGAUUCACCCAGAUUGUGUACAGUGAUUUGGAGUUCUGGGCCCAGGAAGCCAAAAUGGAGCAACAAAUUGCGUCAAUAGCUGAACGACCUAUAUCUCCUCAUCCAAUUCAGAUAACCAAAUUAAACGGAAUCACAGAGCCAGAAGUGGACAUUUUGUUUGAAAAACCUUUUAACGGCAAUGAUGUUGAUGAAAACGGAGCAGAGGAGAAAUUGCAGACUGGAAAUGACAUUCUGCAGCUCUUGACUCUGAAUUCUCUACAGAAAGACUGCCAUGUGUCUCUGUCUGUGCCAAAGCAUAUGCUCCAUAGCAUCUUGGAGUAUAACAGCAGAUACAAGCAUCACUUAAAGCUUAUUUCCCAUGAGGCGGUAGGCAGUUUCAAUCCAUGGCAGAUUGCUGAGAGGUAUAUGAACUGUCUUUGUGUUUUUGAAGUGAAUGUAUCAGCUGAUGAACAGGUUUUUCUGUCCUUAUUCAGGAAAGGAGUGGGGAGGGGGCCAUUUAAAUUCCAAAUUGAAAGCCAGAAGCAGUUGGCUAUUGGACUGUUUCUCUACUGGUAUUUGGUGUUCAUGGAUUUUUAAGGCAGUUGGAUAAAAUGAAAGGAUAUGGGAGCAGAAUGUCCUGGAGGAGUGAUUAUUUUCCACAUCUUUCUAUGGUGUUACCACAAACACAACUGUGUGAAAUAGAGGGUAACUUAAAUUAUUUUCAGAAGACUAUCAUCAACAGGUAAAUUGAAAAAAAACAAAAUUAACUUUUUUUUUUCUGAGUGAAAAAAGAAAUAAAGCACUGUAAAUAACUGCAAAUUUUAAUCUUCGUGGUAAGGGAUUAUGAAGUUGAUGUUUCAUGGGACAACAGUAGAUAUUUUUGUAAAAAGAGACCACUUAGUGCAGAUUUCAGUGCUUCCUCUUCCCCAAGUCUUCGUGCUUCAUGGAGUUCACUGUGGGAAGUGUGACACAGGUGGCUUACCAUCCCUUAGUACAAAUAAAAGAGGUGAAGAAGCAAUAAGUAACAGUCUCUCUGCUGUUCACUUCCUGGCAAAGAAAAAUUGUUUAUCACACUCAGUGUCUGCUAAGCAAGCAGGGCAAUGUAAGCUGAAAUACCCACCCUUGCGCUGAAGCUUGAAUAAGUGUUUUGAUUGCUCAGUAACAGGUAUAGCAACUAAAUUAUAUCACUGCUAUCAUUUCCUUGCACUUUUCUUGAGUGAUUGCCUACAAUUGCCUAGAAAUCAUUUUCAGUAUGUAUGAUAUGUUUCAGAAAUCACCUAUUGGUCUUGUAAAGUCCCAGCCCCAAAAAAGCAUGGAAAUACAGGCUGAACUUGAACAUUGCUAGUCCUGUUCUUUCAAAACUGAAGAAAUAGUGGCACAACAUCAGUUGGCAUAGAGGGGCCGUUAAUUCCCUGCAGAGUGGAAAUCAGAAGACUUCUGACUAUGGGAAGAGAGAAAUGAAAGAAAACUUGAGUAUUAAGAAAGAAUUAUAAAAUCUAACUUCAGUGAUUGUAGAUGGAGUGGUUUGCCAUAAUUGUCUGUAUUGGCAGAUUGGACAUCAGGCUCAAUUGACAAGAUUUUUUAAACUUCUGCACACAUUUUUAAUGUAGUAGCAUUGAAAUCGGUGAUACAGCUCAUUUGAGUAACGUUUGGCACCUGCAUCAGCGCUUCCAGGAACAGGUCCUGCAAUAUUUGAGAUGACUUGCAUGCAUGUGUGUUGAUGAUUUGCCCAGCUGUGGAUAAGUAGGUAAAGGUUUUAACGACUGUGGUUAGACCACUGUAUUUGAAUCUACAGAACUAAACCACUGAAAUACACCUUGUGAGUUCUCAGUACUGUCACUCUGCCUUCUGAACUGUACUCCUUUUUUACAAGUGGUGUGAGGCUGGGUAGGACUGGCACCUUUUUGGGACUGGCAGAUGGAUUAAAUGACAAUGAUUCUCUCCUGACAGCUGCAUUACACUACUGCCAUUUGCCUGAUACAUCUUGUUACUUGAAAUCUAACUACAAAUGCAAUCUGUUAUCUAGCAGGCUUCACUGACUUAUUCUUACCACCAGAGGGCAUUAUAAAUCUUGUUGUAUAAAACAGUAUCACACAAUGUUUGAAAGAAACACUCCCCUAGAAUGCUCAAGAGAUCUUAGAAAGAUGAAGUUUAUGAUAUUUUAGAAUAUGUGCAAAACUCAAGAGAAGUCUUGAAGAGGCCAGCAAAUAAUUGUGUUCUUACACUAAAAUAGUUUUCCCUUCUGUAACAUCUACUGUGGUCCAGAGAUCAGUGAAAAUUAAAAUUUCUCAUCUUGCUUUUCCUUUAUUGCUCUCAGUAAGGCCUGAUUCAGUGGCAGCUAAAAUCAUUAAGAAGCUUCCCAUUUACUUCAGUGGCCUUUGGAUAAGCACCAUAGUAUGUUAACUCUUAUUCCCAAAGCAAGAUUAGUAUCUAAGAGUUUGGAAAAAGGAAGCACUGAGAUCUCUCAACACUUCUAAGCCUAAAGUAUGUCCUUUGCUAUGAACCAGGAUGAGGAAAGAAUUUCUGAUAUCCUAUGCAACACAUAUCAGAUCUUUUCUUGGGCUGCGCAGUAGAAAGAAUGAAAAAACAUGAGUAUUUGCCUUUUAAAAUCAGAGCAUUGAUAUCAAUGGAAUGAAUGACUGGAAUUUGAAAUCUAACUUUCUGAACAUUUUCCUUUAUUUCCCUCCCUUUCCCUCAGUCUUGCAGAGCAACUAACAGAAGAAGCCCUGUGUGACGUGGCAGCAGAGCUGCAGGAUGUUUGUGAGGAUUAUGCAGAAGCUGUGUUUGUGUCGGAGUUUUUGCAGCCAGUGCAGUAAAUGCUGUCAAAUCUGCCCCAUUAUCAAAUGAAACGUCAGCCUCAGUCUAACAGUCUUACAAGAUGAUCUAAUUUUUCUUUUUUUUUUUUUUUUUAAAGUCUGUGAGAUUCUGUGUACCAAAUGAAUUAAGUCCAUCAAGGAUUCAUUUCAGGUUUUUAUAAAACCAUUAUAAUGUUUUCCUUAUCAGACUUUAUUAUACUAUGUUUAUUGGCCAGUGUGUCAGUAGAAUGAAGUAAACUGUUACAGGUAAAGUUUAUAUAUUUUGAUAGGAAUACCAAUCCAGUUGUAUAUUUGUAUUACUUCAUUUUUAUGCAUGAUCUCCUUAUUAGAAUAAAUUACUGUGAGGAGGACUGGGUUCAAGCAGUGUCACGGACUUAGCUGUAGUGUCCCUCAGUUUUCUGCUUGAAAGUGGAAAGAAUCUGACUUACCUACCUCAUAAGGGAGCUAUGGGUUUUGGUUUAUUCUUCUCAGUAAAAUGCAUUUAAUAUAUCUGAUAGUUGUGUUGGAAGGAUGAAGCAUUACUGAUAUUUCUAAAGCCAAGAGGGAACAGUCCAGAGUAAAAGCUGUUCGCUUUGCUGUUGAGGGCUUUCAGUGUCAUGUAAGAAAGAUGUUGUUUGACCACCAUGCUUAGCAUAUAUACUAGGAUUAGUUCUUUUGGGGAUGUGGCUGUCCAAAGGAAGGAUUCUCAUGGCACAGCAUUAAGUAGAUGUAAACACUUAGUAUUGGCCAAGCAGCCUGCUUGGACUCUUGCAAUCAACUUCUGAAUGCAGUACCUCUUCUGUUGGUUUCUGAAUACCACUAAUACAUUAUGUACAAAUUAGACCUUUCAAUAGAGGCACAUGAUGGAGAUUUUCUUCCUUUUUUUUUUUUCUUAAACUUGUCUAAAAUAUUAUUUUAUCAGCAUUUAGUGAUCUAACCCCACUCUCCUUACUCUUGAGAAUCCCAUUGAAAUAAAGAACAACAAAACAAAUUAACAGUUGGCAUUUCUGCAAUAUUGAAUUAACUUUUCAUUUCAAGUAAUCAAUGUACUAGUUUGGAUUAUGUCUGGAGCAAGCAAUGAAUAAUAAUUAUUUAUGGUAGUAUUCUAGGGAAAUGCAAAUUCAACCCUUGAGGUAACCCAAAAACUGCUAUGAUUAAUUAUUUUCUCCAACAGUGUUCAACCUACAAUAAAAUCAUUUUUAACCUUC